AAAGAAAAAGACUUCACUGCUCUUCUUUCCUGCACUCCUGAUACUGUCUCAUAUAGACAAAGAGAUCUGGGGUCUUUUCUCAUUCAGUAUAUUGUUGAGGUAUUUAACACCUUCGCGCAUAAGGAUGACAUUGAGGAACUCUUCAGAAGAGUCAUGCAACGCUUUGAAAAGUUCUCCCCUCCAACUAAAAGACAGAUGCCGACCAAAGACAGAUGCACUCUGAUAAAACGCUUCUACUUCUUCCCACUUGACAAUAAGAUGACGUCACACAAUGAUCCUCCUUUGAGUAUGGGGGCAACUGGAAGUGAUCUGUUCCCUGAGCAUGACUGGAUUAAACUUGAGCCUGAAGUGAACUGUGGGGAUGCAGAUGAUGUUCCAACUUACAGCCUGCAGUCUGAAGCAGGUGCCUUUGAAUGCAGUGUCUCUGGCUUGCGCUGGGUUUGUAAGGAAAAGGUCAGCUUCAAGUACCAGUUUGGCUCUUGGGAGGGGCACUUGGACAGACUGGAAACCAUGCAGUACAUCCCUGGAGGUCCCCUACUGGACGUUACAGUCAUUGCUGGAAAGUUAGAUGAAGCACAUUUGCCACACUGGAUCUGCACAGAAGACAACCCUACAGUUUUAGACAAGUUUGCAGUCCUCCACAUAGAUACAUGUGGAGACAUUGUGGAACAAGUGUCUGAGGUCACAUCAUCCCAUGUCAAGUUGUCUCAGCCAGCUUUCUCUCCAAGAGGAGUCCUGAUGAAAGCCGGCUUCUCCGUGAGAAUUCACUGUAAAGUGUUAAUAUUCAAGACCAUCAGAACAUCCCUCACACUGCAUGUCUAUGUGAUCCCUUGUGAUCCGGCUCUAGAAGAGAAAAUACAGAACAAGGAAUUAUCCAGUGGAUACGAAAUGAUCCAAAAGCCAUACCCAGCAAAAUCCCUGAAAAUGCGCGACUAUUUCACCCUCACAGCUGAUAAGGACACUGCAGAAAUUUACCCUGAGAAAUUAAAGCUCAUAUAUGAAUGGUGUGGCCCAAACUUCUUCGAAGUGUUCAUUGACGAACCUGACAGUAAUUUCCAGCUCGGACUCACACACCAAACAAGUGGACAAGUGUGGACCUGUGCGAUUCGAAAAGAUGACUAUCAAAACACUGGUGAUGUUCCGGUGAUGUCUGACAUGGCGCUUGCCAGACUGAGGCGUAAACUUGUGGAGAGGAUGUCCAGAGAGCUUAUCAAUCAGCUGCUCGAUGAUCUGUUGGUGGAUGGUGUCUUGAAUGACGGGGAGAAAGACUCGAUACUUCAGGAGAACAGUAACGAUGCAAACAGGGCACGCCGCCUCAUCGAUAUGAUACGGAGGAAAGGACGCGAAGCCAGCAGGAAGUUGUUAACUCACCUUCAAAGCAGAGACCCUAUGCUUUGUGCUGAGCUGGGGCUGCCCUCUGGCCUACCUGUUUAGUCAGGUAAGGUCUGUCUCAGCAGAGCUGGCCAAUGUUCAUGAGCGAGGGAGGCCUUGAUCUUAUUCAUAUUUCAGUUUAGGGCACAGUGAAAUAUUAUCUUGAACAAUUAUCUGAUGGCAUUGAUAUAUAUUUUGGUUUACCUGCAAAGACCGAAGGAGAGAAACCCAAACUCAACCUUGCUGCUGAUACAAAGAAAUGAAGAAUGAAGACACUCCUAAUUCAUUAUGUACUAAAAGUCGUAUCAGGUGACAGACAUGAUCAAUGGCUGAGUUGUUAAUAUGUUAAAUCAACUCUCAAGAACUUGAUCAGCGCUGCACUGAUCAGUAUUUUUGUAUUAAGGGUACCGUGUGUAGGAAUUAGGGGGAUAUAUUGGCAGAAAUGGAAUCUAAUUCAUAGAGUAUAAUCACCUGAA